AUGUCAAGCGAUUCGAUCGAAGUUACAGCACCUGAAGCAUUGCUAGAUGCCAAUCUAAGCUUUCCCGAGGAGACACCGCUCAUCCGACACCUCACUAUGACUCGAGAACGCUGCGUCGAUCCCACACUGGCUGACUCUUUCCUGAGACUGCUGAGGUAUGGAAGUGACGACAGCAUAAAGCAGAGACUGAGUGCGUACCAGAGGCACGAGGAGAACAGUCCCUUCAAGAAUAAGAGAUGUGGCAGCUUUCUCAGGAAUGAGCUCUACCCUAACUGGCAGGCAAGAAACCGGAUCAUUACGUUUUGCAGAAACCAACUCGAGGACAUGAAGGCUGAGCUGGACGAGAAGUACGGGCAGCACUCUGCAACGCCUUUAAAAGCCGAGGUCGAUCUGCGAAUUGAUCCAUACGCUGCCAAAGAUCGACAGCACGAACAGGAGAACCGCUACAAAGAACUGAAGAGAUUAAACACAUGGAUCGAAAAUCAGAUAAAAAUCGAAUCGAUCCUGUUGGCCAACAGUAACCGCACAUUACAGCAGAACUGUGACCAAAAUGUGAACUACAUUAACGAAUUCUGGAAAUUCCAUCGAGCAACGCGCUGA